CUUCCAAAGUUCCUUUGUCGAAACAAAAAACAGAAAGAAAAACAUUAAUCAAUGUAGAGAAAUGGUUGAAAGAAAAGUUCAGAGAGGGCGCUCGAGCCAUGAUGGACGAAUUCAUUGUGUACGAUCCCCAAAAGACGGGCAAGGUGACAAAAGAAAAUUUUCUGGCUGUAAUGGAAACCUUUAAUCUACAUCUUACCGGAGAGAACCUUGACCGUUUUCUCUCCCGCUUCGGCCUCGAUGAAAGAUUGUCACAUGUUAACUACUUUGAGUUUGUUCAGCGCCUGCAGUCUAGGAGAGGGAAUGAUUUAUCUGGUGGAAGUUCUGUCACAGCUGGCCGUAGGUUGGAAAAGAGAAAAUCUUCAAGUGCGCUUACCACGGCCAGUAUUUUGGAAGAGAAACUUAUCAAGCUGUUUCACACAGAUUUCAAUUCCCUUUGCGAUACAUUCCGGAGAGCGGAUACAAAACAAAUAAACAUAAUAAGCCAACAAGACUUCAAAGCGAUCCUCGAAACGAGGUACGCCAUCAAAUUAACCGAUGAUGAGUUCAUGAGAUUGCUGGAAAAAUUACCUACAGAUGGUUAUGGAGGCAUCCGAUAUUUGGAUUUUAUAGCCAGAUUCGAUAGCAGUGAUGACAGUUUGAGCCUUUAUGAUGGGUCCAGAAGCGUUGUAACCGAGUAUAGCAGAAGGUUGAAUUCCGGGAGUGCUUUGCCAAAAGCAAGAAGCCUAGAGCAGCUUGCUGCAAUUAUUAAGAAUUUAGUAAGGAACCACUAUAGCUCCCUAGAGCUGGCCUACAACCAGGUGGACUCUAUGAAUACAAGAAGACUCACAGUGGAAAGCUUGUAUCAACUCCUGAAAAGAUGCGAGAUCCGACCCCAGAUUUCUAGAGAAGAAAUUGGAAAGAUUUGGGAUACUUUGAUUCUUAAUCAAGAUUGCACCGUUGAAUUUUUUCAAUUCAUUCGUCAUUUUGGUUUUUCGCCCAAAUCCUCCUGCUUCCCAAACGCCAACAUUUCUCCUCCAGUGAGAGGUGAUGGAGAUUGCCUGAUACGCUCCAAUAAACUCAAUUCUGACACCAAAAUUAUUGCAAACAUGCUCCAGUCAAAGGUGAAACUUUUCCUUGACAAACUGUGGAUCCAGUUUCGAGAGUCAGAUCCUACAAAUACAGGAUACGUCACUAAGGAUGAGUUUCUCAACAUUUUACAAGAGCUGAGCCCAGAUUUGACACAACAUCAAUGUGACUCAAUGGCAGCAAAGUUUGGAGAUGGACAUAACAGAGUAUCAUACGUAGAAUUUCUUCAGCCUUAUCAACCAAGACAGUCACUCUCAAAGAAGAAUAGAUUCAAGGCCACAAAGAAGGAAGUUAAAGUGAUAUCAACCCAAGAAUCUGUUCAACAUGGCCUGAAUGCCAUCCCAUCCAAGUUAAAAGACAGGUUAUCUAGGGUGGAUUGGAAGAAUCUUCACCAAACCUGCCAGAAACUGGACCGCGAUGGAUCAGGAUUUCUACACUUUUCGCAAUUCCAAUCAGUCAUAAAACUGUGCAACAUUGUCCUGGAUGAAGAUGACAUUUAUCAAGUUAUGGCUCAGUAUGAUAAGGAUCUGUGUGGAAAACUUAAUUAUUCAAAACUGGUUUCAGACCUUAAGACUAAAUGAAGUGCUUUAUGUGUAAAGGGGAUGUCCUCUUUUUUUUAGUUUUUUUUUUUUUUUUACAAACACUGCAGAUUUCAAUAUAAGUUGACAUUUUUAUAAAUGAACUUGAUUACACCCCUGACUGUCACUCAGAUAACUGGUCCUGAUACUUCCUGGUUUGUUUGGCUCAGUGGAGCUAAACUCAAAAGGCAGCAAUUUUUUAAAGCAACUGCCUAGAAAAGACUUCUCAUUGAGCUGCACUGGGAAAACUGUGAUUGGACAGACACAGAUAGUCUGGGCGGGGCUAGAAGGGGAGGACUUGCA